UCACAUGCUUUCUUUUAUCUGUUUUUUUCCUUAAUAUCUGGAUAUAUAGGAUUCAUUUUCUAAGUAAACAAAGGAUAUAAAACCUAGCAAACGGAGGGGGAAAAGCAGCAUAUAGUUCAUGGCUCUUCACGCAAGCAUGAAUAUGAGCACCAUGUCGACUACUAGAGCUGGAGUAUUAUGUUCAAACCAUGUAGCUUGCUCAAAAGAGAAGUUGAAAUUGCCCACAGGCAGGGGGUUAAGGAGGUCUUCUUCUUUGUCAUUUCCAUCUUCUUUCUCUUCUUCAUAUGCUUCAGUCAAAAAUCAUAAAUCCACCAUUGUAUGCAAAGCUCAAGAAGCUGUCGGUGUAGUGCAAGUGGUGACAGAUUCAAGCUGGGAUAGCCUGGUUAUUGGCUGUGAAAUCCCAGUUCUAGUUGAAUUCUGGGCACCAUGGUGCGGACCAUGCCGAAUGAUAACACCGGUGAUUGAUGAAUUGGCAGCAGAAUACGCAGGAAAGAUUGCUUGUUUCAAAGUGAACACUGAUGAUUGCCCAAACAUUGCAUCACAAUAUGCGAUUAGAAGCAUUCCCACAGUGCUAAUGUUCAAGAAUGGAGAGAAGAAGGAAGGUGUUAUAGGUGCAGUUCCAAAGGCUACCUUGGCUGCUGCCAUUGAAAAAUACGUUGAAGCUUGAAGAGAAUAAAGAGCAGCAGCAAACAUCAUUUAGAAAUCAUUAGUUACAAUUGUCAUUGCCUUGUAUUUGUCAUGUCAAUGUUGUCCCAAGUUUUUAUAUCAUGAUAGUCUAGUUUGAUAAAAACAUGUAUCUGCUGAACCGCAAUUGCUGCGUGUCUCGCAAUUCUGAGCUUGAGCUAAAAUGCAUCCAUGAAAAUUGGUCGAUCA